AUGAUUACUGACUCUGAUAAAUUUAAAGCUCGAAGGAAGCAACAAAUGCUUCGAUUCUUUGGAGCAACGCUGUUAACGCUUCUUUCGUUCAAAAUAAUGUUGAAACAACUUCAAACAGUAAAAUAUGUUCCAAAUUUGUUCCAACAAAAUAUAAAGCAAGUGCCCUCCGCAAAGAAACAAAAAAUUGGGAAAUCAUUAGGAGGAACUGUAGGUAUAACGCUUGGUGGAUUUCUUAUGGGAAUCACCGGUACUUGCUGGACAUUAGAUAUUGGGACUCUUGAUGAAUUCAAACAGAAAUUCCAUGGUAUAGAUAGUCAGCCAGAUGUAGAAUAA